CUCUCUCUCUCUCUCUCUUCACACUCAGCACCAAAUUCCAAAUCCUUCUUCACACUCUGCAAUUUUCCACCCUCUUCAAAUUUCCAGAUCACUCUGGUUUUUUUGCUGCUACCCCCUUUUUCAAUCUCCCCUCUCCCCAUAAUCAUCACUGCCAUUUCAUUUCAACAGGGAUGCUGAUGUCACUGUAGAGAGAAAAAAAAAAGCUUUGGGUCUUGCAUGAUGUCACCACUAGCUAGGGCCUAGGUGGUAGUGGUGAUCUGACUGACUGAAGCAAACAGUGCUUCAUUUAUUGUGAUCAAUCGGAGCCCGUGACUCGGGUGAUUGGAUUGGACUCUUAUCUCCAUUGCAUUCAAAUUUGCAGUAGAAAGUUCGUGUCAGAGCUCAAGAAUUUACCCACUCAAUUCAUAACACCAAAAGGGGCAUCAAAAAUUGUAGGAAUAUGAGCAAAAAAAAAAACCCAUUUGAGAAACAAGUGUUUUUUGAUUGAAAUGAUGGGUCUUUAGUACUCAACUGUGAAUUUUAGAGUUUGGGUGUUUAGGUUUUCUCUGUUUGGUGAACUGGGUUUAGUACAAUUGGGAUUGAAAUUGGGGAAAAUGCUAGAGCCUGAGCUGUGUGCUUCUAGGGUGCUGUCACCUUCUCAUGAGGAAAGUGGGGAUGAUGAGCUUUCAGUUCUUCCCAGGCACACUAAGGUCAUUGUUACUGGGAACAACAGAACAAAGUCUGUGUUGGUGGGUCUACAGGGAGUGGUCAAGAAGGCUGUUGGGCUUGGUGGUUGGCACUGGCUGGUUCUGAAAAAUGGUGUUGAAGUCAAGCUGCAAAGGAAUGCGUUGAGUGUGCUGGAACAUCCUACAGGGAAUGAGGAAGAUUUUGACAAUGAUUAUGAUAACUCUAGCAGUAGCUCUGAACUGGGUGUGAAGGAGAAUGAUUUCACUAGGAGUCUUGAGUUCCACAGACAUGAUAAACCAAGAUUUCGGUAUCCAAAAUCAUAUGUUCCAUCCACAGCAACCAAGUCGAUUUAUCGUGGCAGUUAUCAAGAAUUUCAGUCCAUCCACAAACCUCAGCUGAGAGUAAACAUGGCAAAGCUAGGAACAAGCACUUUGCGGAGGUACUGCAGGCACUUCAACCUUGUAAGCAGCCAUCCUAAUCCAACAAGGGAGCAACUGAUUAACGUUGUGCAACGACAUUUUACAUCACAGCUGAUGCGAUUGGAUGAGGUAUCAGUGAUCACUGAAUUUGUCAAUGCUGCAAGGAGGCGCAAAUCUGCCGAGUUGGCCAGGAAACGUACAGAACGAGAAAUGUGAAUGUUGAAUGCUUGUAUAUGUACCCUACCUAACCUUUAGAUCAGAUCUAAUCAUAGAGUGAUGUGGAGAGUGUUUGGCUUACUAUAUUCUCACUCCCUCAAAUCGCAACUUUGUAGUAAUACUCCUUAGCAAUGCUAUAUAUCAUCCAUCAUUAGGUAUCUCAUCAUCAUGCUAUCCUUCUACAUGAGUAGUAUGUGAUCGAUAUAGUCGGUUUUAGAAACAGAUAGUAUUGGUACAAUGUGCAGACUCCAGAGAACAAGCUAUUGAUACUUGUAAAUUAAUAUUGGCACUUCUCUC